UUAAACGUUUCUAUCUUUAGCUAUUGAAAUGUCAAGUUUAAUAUAUAGGAUAUAUAGUUUUAUAGCCUGCCUUUGUAAAUAAACUAUCGCGUGCCGCUAAAUAUUAUAUAAAAAUAUUUUUCUCUUUACAUCAAACACGAACUUUACUUUACAUCCAUUUAACAAUGAGAAUUUCAUAAUGAUUUCAACGUAUAUAUAUGUAUAUCGUUUGACAUAUAUCUAAAUUGCCACUCAUAGAAAACGCGAUGACACGCUCAAAAUCAUAUGAAAAUUGUAGAAAUAUUUGGAAUUGUAUAGGUUAUGUAUGCUUUUUACAUAAAAGCAUUUCUUUUUCAUAAAUAAAUGAGAAUGAGGAUGCUAAUCAUUACUAACGACAAAUGUCGUAAAUAACUUUGCAAGAACAUUUUGCAUUCUAGUGCAAGGGGAUAUAAAUCUCCAUCGCAAUUAUGGAUAUUAUAAGUCUUGAAAGCGUAGAGACUGGAAUUCGUUCUUCCAAAAAAGGCUCACUUACACGUUGCAAUUGGAUAAGUUCGAAUUCAAUAUGUUACGUGACAAUAACAAUUGCAACUUUAGCGUUUUUAGGUGCAAUUGUUUUUAUUUGUCGAGACUACAUUAAACUUCUCUUAUAUUGGAUUGAACAUCAAAGUGGAUGGGUUAUCACAAUCAUUUUUGUUGCCUUAUUUACUGUGGUGUCCUUCCCGAUAGUCAUUGGCUAUUUAUUCCUCAUCAUUGCCAGUGGAUAUCUUUUUGGUUUCUUUCAAGGAAUUAUGAUGGUUGUGCUCUCGGCAAAUUUAGGAAUUGCAAUUGCACACGCAACACUUAGUGCUCUCUCGUCAAAAUUGCCAAUUGGAGCACUUUUACAAAGUGACACAGCACGAGCAAUUUUAAGGGUAAUUUCUGGACCUCAAGCUUUUAAAGUUGUACUUUUUGCGAGACUCACGCCUAUUCCUUUUGGAUUGCAAAACACUAUUUUUGCUAUAAGCAACAUAGGCGGAAUUCGAUAUCAUAUAGCCAGCGCACUGGGAUUGCUUCCUGCUCAAUUAAUUAAUGUUUACUUGGGAAGCAGUUUGCGAUCUAUGCAAGAUGUACUUGAAGAUCGAUCGACAGCAGCGACUGGUUAUAUUGUAUUUUGCUUUCAGAUUAUGAUAGGAGUCUCGUUAAUGGUAUAUGUGGUACAGAAAGCUCGAAAAGAAUUACAACUAGCUUUAAUGGAAGCAGAUUUGGAAGUUAUGAGCGAGAGUUCUCAUUAUCUUCUCGAUACCCUGCCUGAUUCAAAAAUUGUUUUAACAAAUCUCAUUGCUUAAUUAUACAACAAAAAAAACAACUGAAUUUUUGCAAUCAAAAUUGUACAAAUUUUAAAACGUUUUUUUUUUUGCUUUCUCAUAUAGAGAAAGUAUUUUGCAAUUAAGUAACUUUCUAUCACUUUUUUUUAGAAAGCGAGAUAAUCCAAAUUGAUAAAAAAAAAUCAAUCAUAAACAAAAAGUCUGGAUUAGGAAAUGAAAAAAUUUUUUCUAGAAACUUAUGUAAAUCUGAGUUAUGUCUUCUUUUCAAUUUGAAAGUAUUUUUAUUUUCUUAAGUUUAAGAUACCAGACUGGUUAAAAAAAAUGUGCCAACUUUUUGUGGCCAAAUUAUGUUUUAUUUGCUUUUAUUACAUUUGCAUUUAAAACUUGUUAACUUGUUUAGUAAGUGAAUAAUGAGAAAGAUUUUUGUAAUUUAUAUAUAACUUUAUUGAUUUCUUAUAUAAAGGAAGCUUUGUAUUUAUUUAUUUUUAAAUAUUAGUACUUCCUUUACUUUUCCAUUUAUAAGUUUUGUUACGUUUUGUUCUAGAUAAUUAAUGCAUUUAAAAAUAUCAAUUUAUAAAAAUUAUUUGUUCUUUAAGGACAAAAAAUAAUUGUUAAAUAAUUCUAUCAAUUUAGAAUAUUUAGAUAGAAUAUGAAACAUUGUCCAAAGUAUAGGUUUUGAUUUUAGUUUAAAAAAAGAAACAGUGAAUGUGAUUUACGAGAACUGAUACUUUAUUUAUUUGUAAACUAUUAAGGGUAUUUUUUUAGUAAUAUCUUAUAACCAUGUGAUUAAUUGUAAACGUCUUUAUAAUACAAAAUAAUUAUGGCAGAUUUA